GACUAUUCGAGUCACUGCAACCGAGAGCGUCAUAGAAUUCGUCCCGGGACUUCGAUCCGAAUUGGAGGAGUCAAUCCUCCAUAUCUUUUGUGAGAUGUGAUGUGAAUUGGUUUCUCUGUGAGAGGACAGACUGCGGACGACUGGCUUCAAGAGAUGACUCAUUAUGGAGGAGAAGGGCAAAUGUGGACGCAGUAUGACAACAACAACUUGGCUUAGCAGACCGUGCUACCUGCCAAGAAGAAACAUGGAGAAGUCUCGGUCGAGAAGGUUUCAACUAUUCUUCAGAGGAUUGCAUUUUGGCCCUCUCUCAAAAUCACGCCUGAUUUUUAGCGGCUUUCAUCACUCGAGUGAAUAUUCGGGAACGAGUAACUCCUCUUCUUCGACGAAUUCUGGUAGCUCCGAAGUAUCUUUUGAUGAUUCUAGAUUGUGCAAUUCCUCUCACGACUCCUCUUCUGCGUCCGACGUUUCACCAAUUACCAAUGGGAGUCUGAGCAGAAGCUCUAGUGUUCCAUCGUUUCCAUCAUCGCAUAGCAGGAGAUCAUCUUCCGGAGGACACAGAGUGAUGGAUGGCAGAAAACCAGUUUUGCUAGAAAGGGUUCCCUUCGGCAAAUCAGGAAAAUAUCUUACUGUCUACAUUGGAGCUCGCAGCGAUCAAUGCGUGAAGUAUGUAAUAAAGCGGAGUCUCCUGAAGCACCCUCUUUUUCAGCUUCUGCUGAAAUGCUCAGAGGACGAGUUUGGAGAGGACUACACGGUUAACAAAGGGGUCGCCUUGGUUUGCGACCCAGAAUUAUUUUUGGAGGUCGUGAAAGCUGUAGAUGAUAACUUGUGGUCUCUAGAAAAUAACAGAGGCGAAGUUGGAAACAGUAAAUGCACACUUCACUGACUGGUUUCGACGUAGAGGAGUGAUUACUCCUCAGACGCCUGGCAAAGCUUAUCAGUUAGUGUCUCAAUUUUGCUAGUGAUUUAGGUGUGAAUGUCAGAUCACAUUCUUCAGAGUGACGUGCUGAAUUUUCAAAAAUAGAAGCAGGGGAUCAAGUCACGGAACGCAUAUAGAAUUAGCAUCAUAAACUUUGCGUGGAUUCCAACUCGAGUUUCCAAAUAGCUCUGCCGUUUCUAACCCAGCUCGAGCUGUGGAUGAAUUCCAGCCGAAGACUUACUUCCGUUAUGACUCGAAAGCUAGUAGAUUAGGUCCGUCAACACUUCUGAAAGGGUUGAUCAUGUACAGAGCAGAGCAAGCAAUGUUCUGGUUGUUUGCCUUUUGUUCUGAAAUAUUUCUCAAUGCAGAUAGGAACUGUAUAUAGUACGAC